AUCCGUGUACCACCAACAGAUGAUUCAAGAGCAUCACUUCAACACACAAUGUCCUUGCCUCUUCUAAUGCUUGUCUCUUCCUCAGCUUCCUGCUCAGCUCUGGGAUCCACAUCAUUUUUAAGCAUAAACACACCUCUGAAUCAUCCUUGGAGCAUCACUUCUCAUGGCAGUUUCUAGGAUCGCUCUAUGGAGGUUGAUGUCUGUGAUCUUUGGAAUAAAAUGUCUUUUGCUGAUGGUUACUUUGGGAUUUUUGAUGAAAAAAUCAUUUACUAUACCUUCUCCAACUUCCAUUGUAGAAUUCCAGGAAGUUUCUGAAUGCUGUGCUUGCCUAGAAAAGUGGAUUGGUUAUCAAUGUAACUGUUAUUUCAUUUCCAAAGAAGAAAAGUCUUGGAAAGAAAGCAGAGAUUUCUGUGCCUCUAACAAUUCCAGUCUUCUUCAGCUCGAAACCAGAAAUGAAAUGAGUUUUAUGAACAACAGUCAAAACCAUUUCUGGACUGGAAUGCGUUAUAGUGAAGAAUGGCAUACCUGGCUGUGGGAGGAUGGCUCAGCCCCCUCAAAAGAUCUAUUUCCAGAGUCCUCAUAUAGCAAAACAACGGACUGUGUUGUUUAUAAUCCAAGCCAACCUCUUUCUUCUGAAUCCUGUGAAAGUAAAAACCAUUUUAUCUGUAAGCAAUUGAUUAUUUAAACACCUCCUAAGGCAAAGGGUAUAGACAAGAGAGGUCCAGGAUUACUUCAAUGGGAAGUUGAACUUUGUCAAAAGGGCUUUUCUGCAUCUAUACAAUCGAUUAAAAACUAACC